AUGGAGGAAAAAGCUUGGGGACUUAUGAUGAAAUUUCACUUCCGCCUGCCACACCCACUCUUCAGCGCUUCAGGACAUCAGGACAUCAUGCCACGUCUGGAGAGAAAUCAUCUCGCGAGCCACAACCGGCACAAAGUGCACGCGUUCUUUUAUGAAAAUGAUUCGUCGGUCUGGGGAGACAUACGAUUGUACUCGCAAGCGCUGCUUUCCUCACCAACUCGCUCAUAUAAUGGGAAGAGUGCUGCCUCUGAGUAUCACAAGUGCAUUGGAGUAAUUGCACGCUCACCCGAUGUCCCCAAAGAUAUCAGCAAUGUAUCCAACGAGCUACGUCAAAUGCGGCGAACAGUUCUUCAGAGGGCUUUUCGGAGAGCAGAACACGACCUCUGGGAGGUCGAUUCCCAUACAGACCUCAAUGAUCUUGUGGAGACAGAGGGUAUCCAGGAUCAAGUCCGAGAGAAACGAAAGACAGUGAAAGAUUUUUACGAAGGCGAGGAGAGCUCAGGAAUGGGCUCAGCUGACAACGACGAGGCCGAUGACACAACAGAGGAUACGGCAGAGGCGGCGGGGGCAGAGGAGACCGAGAAGAGCGAUGACGAGCCCCUCAACGUCGCCGUCGACAGCAAAGGGAGGAUGAAAGUCCCGGUCAGGACGUCCCGCCAACAGCUCGGCCCCUUCGACCCUCCGCCUCCCUCGAGCGACAGCUCUUACUCGCCGGGGGAGACGCCGGCGGAGACGACGGAGGAGUUCCUUUCAGUAGGGGUCCAAUUGGACCGCCUGGUUGGCCCAGGCUGUAAGUCUUCUACGCUCUUCUGUGAGCACUGGCGUCUAGACGACUUCAAUAUCUCAGCCAUCCUGAUGAAGCAGCGCCGGGCCAUGGUUCAAAAUCAAGCCUCAUUGAAGUUAAGCGAUGAGAUCCUCCAACUCAACUUCGUCUUCACUCAGGGGGCCCUGGCACAAUGCUUGCCCUCACACGUCAUCGCCUGUCUACGUGCGGCGACGCUACAGGAGUCGGUAAUCCCGCCAGAAUUCUUGACCUUCUGCUUUGCGGCCAUCUCACAGCCAUUGUCGGCUCUGGACGCGGAGAUGAUUCUAAGGAAUUCGAUUUUAGGACGUUUUCUGAGAACGCAUUUGAUGUCGGGGCAGCUCUGA